GCAGCAGAACGAGUUGUCAAUGGGAAGGCUUCAAAAUGGGGAAAUUCGGGCUCCAGUUCAAAGCCACCCUGGAAAAUGUGACCAAUGUGAAACCAGAAGGCGACGACUUCCGCUGGUUUCUGAAGCUCAAGUGUGGCAACUGUGGAGAGGUCACAGAUAAAUGGCAGUAUGUAACCCUAGCGGAGAGUGUGCCACUAAAAGGAGGACGAGGCAGUGCCAGCAUGGUGCAGAAGUGUAAACUUUGCAGCAGGGAAAAUUCAAUUGAUAUCCUGGGGGACACAAUCACACCUUAUAAUGCGGAGGACAGUGAAACCUUCAAGACAAUGGUGAAGUUUGAGUGUCGAGGUCUGGAGCCGACCGAUUUCCAACCACAAGCUGGUUUCGUUGCAAAAGGAGCAGAGUCUGGGACACCAUUUCCUGAAAUCAACCUAGAAGAGAAAGACUGGACAGACUACGAUGAAAAAGUCAGUGAAUCGGUGGGAAUAUACGAGGUCACACACCAGUUCAUCAAGUGCUGAUGUCAUCAUGUGAGGAGUGUUAGAAAUGGCGAACCAACACUACGACCAAACACCCUCUGUCCGCUUUCCCGAUAACAUGGAUGCUUCAGGCAUGGCAUGGCUGAUGAACAUUUAAAAGUGUGGCAAACGACUUCAAGGAUGCCCAUACACAUGUCUUGGAUUAAUCAUCAUGGUCAAGGCUUUUUUUUUUUACUGCCUCAAUAAAAUUUAAAUGGUGAA